GCAAGUUGUAUUCACCCUUGAAUAGAAAAUUGCGAUUCUCUUGAUGAAAAUCUUGUUGCAGUCCGUCGUUUAUGGUUUUGUAGCGACUUUUCCCACUUGCUUAAAAACUUGCGCAAUUUCAUUAUGUCUAAGAAGGAAAUAAUGACCCCUGAUGGUAUAUUUAAAAAAGAACACUUCCGAGCUGUGAUACGGUGCGAUGGAGGACCAAAAAAUUUAGGAUAAAAUAUAGCCUAUAUAUUAACACCUGAUCACAUUGAUCCAAAAUUUUAUCAAAAGAUGCAUGUCAAUAAAGCAGCUGAUAUAAGAUGAUUAUUACUAUUAUUAUUAUUAUUAUUCUAUAUUUGGUGAUAAUAUACAAUUUAAUAUUAUUGAGAAUAAAAUAAAAUAGAAUUAAAUUAUUAUACAUUAGGUGAUAAUCUAAAAUUCAAUAGUAAAGAAGAUGUAGUAAAAUAACAAUUUUGUGUUUCUAGGUCUUCUCUGCCAACGUUAUUGCUGCAAUGGAAAUAUACAAAACUCAAGAUACAGCGCUGAAAGAUUCUGAAUCCACAGUUAAAUUUUUGCACCUUAUCUGCAACCUUUUAACAAGUACGACAUCGAGAAGUUCAUAUAACGCUCUAAAAAUUGAUAACACGCAUUACCACAGUAUCAUCGAAUCCCGAGAAUAUAUUCGACAAUGGAAAAAACUGACAGAAGAAAAUAACUAUGUCUUUAUGUCAGACAACACUUAUGUUAGUUUUAUUGUGACACCAACAACAGUCAUCGAGGUCCUGGAGUUCUUGCUCCAAAAAUGGAAUUAUGAAUUUUUAAUGACUGCGAGACUGAACCAGGAUACUUUCAAGGGUAUGUUUGGAAUGAUUCGUGGUUGCUGUGGUGCCUUUGAUAAUCCAGAUCCACUACUCUUUAUACAAGUAUAUAAACUAUUAACAUUUUAUUCACUAGUUAAACCUCCGAAGGGGUCUACUGUAGAAGGCUUAGAAGUUUUUGAAACGCUGCUUAAUGAAAAGGAUACAGCCGUUAAUGAAAAUAUCAAGCAGAUGUCAGAAACAUUGAAUAAAAUAAUCGAACGUGGUGAGAACAACAAUGAACAAUACAGUGUAAAGCGUGUCCAUGAUUACAAUGUUGUUAGCGUAAAUCAAUUUGUCCAGGCUUAUUUUUCAGGAUUCUUAUGUAAAAAAGUUGAAACUUGGACGAAUUGUAUAAAUUGUCUCUCAACAAUAACAAAGACCGAAGGCAACUUGGAAAGAGAUGGCAUGAUAAAUAAAUUGACCAAGGGUUAUUUAAAAUAUCCCUCUGAAAAAAUGUUCAAUUUAUUAAGCAAGCUGGAUCUUGCAAUAUUGCAGACAGUUGGUGAAGAACUACUAAAUUAUUAUACAUAUAAUACGUAUAAUAUACGUAUAAUGAAGCAAGAAAAGAAGAAAAGAAAUUAAGAAAAAUGUCCAAGUUGGUUGGGAAAAAAGAAAAUAUUAAUAAAGUAAAAAAAAUGAUAAUAUUGGGUUUCGAAAAGUAGAAAAUAAGGUCGAAAAAGCGACUAAAGUCAAAGAAGCCAGUAAAGUGAAAAAAGCUAGUGAAGCGAAAAAAAACAGUCAAGUGAAAAAAGCCAGUAAAGUGAAAAAAACAA